AUGGGGUCGUAUCCAUGGGGUCGGACUGCAUACGAAGUUCUCAUUGAUUCUAUUAAAACGUUGGCUCCAGAAGGAGGGUCAUACACAAUAAGCGGCAUGACCGUCGCGUUAUUGAUUUGGGCAUAUGAAUCCUUCGCCUGCUUCGAAAUCAAAGAGCAUGGCGAGGUGCGUGUGAGGAGAAUGGUGUUGAAGGACUCAAUUGAAGAGAUGUUUCCUAAAUGGUCGGGUGAACCUGACGACCCACAACUCGGUAAUGCGCAGGGGAAGAGGAAUGAGAAGAAGAAGAAAAUGAAGGGUGGAGUUUCGUCAGAAGCUGAGCCACCCACUAAGAAGCAGAAGAAAGUUAAGACACAGAAUGAGUCUGAAGCUACUGCAGCGGGAAAGGGUUCUAGCGAGAAGGAAGGUAGCAAAGAUUUGGAGUUGGAGAACAAAGUGACUCUAACGACCAUUGUGAGUACUUUGGAUAAUAUUUCCAAGAAAUUUGAGCAGUUUGACUCACGGUUGGAAGCUUACGAGUUAGACCGGAACAAACCAUUGAUGGACCAAAAGACCAUUGAUGACAGGGUGAAAGCUUUACUGGAGGAGCAUCUGAAAGUUCUGGGAGUUGGGAAAAUUCCCGAAAACAAUGAUAACCCCUCUCCACCAUCAGCAGAUAAAGCUUUAUCGUUCGCAUCACCACGGGUUACAACGCAGCAGAACUCUGUCAAUAGUCCAGCGUUAGCUGCGACUCCUGGUAAGGUUUUUGGACCGAAAAAGAAUUUGGCGAAGGAGCUUGAUAAGGAAUCAGGGGUGAAAUGGACUUUGGCUGAGGAGUUUGGUAGUGUCGCUAAAGCUACUGAUCUUGAUAGUCAACAUAUUGAUUUCGUAUUAGUUUCUCCUUCAAAGGCUACUAAGGAUGAUAAGGAUGCUAAGGUUCCAGACUAUGGACGCGGCUGCAGGGGAAAGCGUACUGUUAAGGGUGAGGAAGCCGAUGAGAAGAAAAAAGCAGCACAGGCAGAUGCUGCGUUUAAGAGGAAGGAGAAGGCUGAGGCUAAGAAAAAAGCGGCUGAGGUUAAGAAAAAAGAUGCUGAGGCUAAGAAAAAAGAGGCUGAAGCUAAGAAAAAAGAGGCUGAGGUUGUUCGGGAAGAGAACGAAUUUGCGCCGGAGUCUGAUGUCGAGAAUCAGGAAGUGAUUAGAUCUGCCGUAGAUGGAACGACGUGCAUGAGGAAGAAUGUUACUCCUUCAUCAGUAAUAUAUGACCCUCUAGCACCUGUUGAUCUGGUGCUAUUGGAAAAACUGAUGCAACACAUUAAGGGAAUUCCACCCAAACCACCAGCACCAGCAGAUAAACCAGCAGUCCUCUCCGCUGUUCAUGAGGGUGACUUCUACAGCAUACUCAUCCAUGAAAGACCGUGGCCGGAAAAGGAAUAUGGAUGGGUGUUUGAUAAUUUCAAGAUAAAACCUAGUAUGUUCAAUAUCAAAGGCAAUGGUUAUAAAGAUAUGUUAAAGGGUAAGCUUCCCGAUCACUAUCCAACAAACUUGAAGUGGUAUGAAGAUGUGGAUCACUUGUACGGAUGUCUUCAAACCGGCGGAAAUCACUGGGUUGCGUAUCAUGUGGAUCUGAAGAAGGAGAAGAUUGAUUGCUACGAUCCAAUCUUUGGAGAGGCAACACCCAAAAGUGAGCGGAGAAUUCUAAAUUCAUUUAAACCGCUGACGCACAUGAUUCUGUAUAUGUUGAGUGAUCAUAUUCCUGCCAAUAUCCGAGCCCCUGUUAAGAAGAAGUUCUCAUUCAGAAGAAGGAGCAAAAGAUACACUCCACAAAACACCCAGAUUGGCGACUGUGGGGUGUAUUUGUUGAAGUUUGUGGAGUGUCUAGCGCUUGGUGUAACGUUUGAUGGGAUAAACGAUAAAAAUAUUCAAGGCUUACGGAUGAAGAUGGCAGCAGAGAUCCUAGAUGAAGGAGUAAAUUUUGUGAUGAGCAAUUUGCUGGCUAAUUGA